AUGGACCUCUCACAACUCGCUUCCCACUCCUCUGAUUCCACAUGGGAGAAACCACAUUUUCAUGCCUUACACACUAUACGGCCUUUCUCUACGGCAGACACAGGUAGUCGUAAUGAUAGCGAUCUAACCGAGCGAGCGAAAGCUCUGGACCGCAUCAGUCUGGAAUUCCAGACAUUGGUAGGGAAAAACGCACCCUUAAGUGAGGUUGAGAGCUUCACGAGACAAUGGGAAGUCGCAUCAUCAAAUGGGCCUAUUGUACAGCCGAAUAUACUAGCCUGGUUCAGCGACACCAACGCUCUGCGAUUGGCGUGUGCAAACAACAAUCCAGAUGUGGUUCGCUUUCUUCUACAGAAGGGGCUUUCUAUUACCCCUACCGUCAUCAAUUUUGCAGCUUUAAAGUUGAAAGAAACCCAUGACACCACAAUCAUGCAGGCCCUGCUUGAAAGUGGUUGGGAUAUCAAUGAACCGCUUGGGGAGACGAGGCCACCGUUGAUAAGUUCCAUACUCGAUGCCCCAGAUCUUGUGUCUUGGUGUCUUAGCAAAGGCGCCAACCCUGGCUUAUCCAGCCCUUCAGGAUUAUCAAUCAUUGAAGUCGCAGCCAGCAUCGCCUCACUCAGUACCGUAAAAACCUUGGUAGAGCUCGCAGGCCGUGCACCGGAUGGUGCUCCAGUAGCACGCGCGUCCUACGCGCAUGCCCUUGGGAGCAGCUCGGAUCGUGUAGAGGUGGUCCGAUACCUUUCGGAUCAAGGCUACUCGGUCGAUGCAUUCUAUAAAACAUACCAGACAUCUAAUGACCAUUCAUGCGAAGACAUGAUGAUCGGAUCUCAGAAUGCACUCCAUUUUGCCAUCUGGGCUGGAAAAGAAGAUAUGGUGCGACUUCUACUAGAGCGAGGUGCUGACAAGACUUUGCCUACGAAGUCCAUCAUGAAGACGGGUGGGGAAACACUUUCGCCGCUGGAUCUGGCAAGGAAGUUUGGAAAUACAGCUAUUAUCGAAUUGCUAUCGCAAGAGACAUAG